AGUACACGCUUUCUACGGAAGUCAACAUUUUGCGAAGCAAGUGUUUCAAUUCCAACUUUCCAACAGCAAGCUUGCCCAAUCGAUUAAACACGCUUCGGUACUACUACCUAUCCUUUCGAAUCAAAAUUCCGCAGUAAACGGCCAUUGAACUCGCAAUCAAUGUGACAACGCAUUUUCAACGCCAGCCGCGUGUCCUGAAAUCGUCCAUAGUAAAAUCACAUAUCUAAUCUCGCCGGACGGUAAUUUUGCCCCGGGGUGAGAUUGAUAAAAACAACAAACUGAGGUGCUAAGCGUGCCACAUCGUUCGACAGUUCAAUGUAUUCCACAGGUGCGGAUUUGCGCGAGGCACGAGUAACGAUGGACACACAACCCGAGUACGUGCAGGUUGGCCUGAGAAAAGUCGCUACCGAGCAGGGUUUCACCGAAGGCAAAUACCGGAUCGAGUUUGAAUCGGGUUCCAACAAGGGCGAUGGAUUUAUGGGAACUAUGUCCAAAGUGUUCAUCCGCCAGGAGGAUCGUAAGGAGCUGGUGCUUCUGGUGAAGGAUAUGCCGGAAAAUUUGGCACGUCGUCAGCAGUCGAUUGUUAUGUUUGACCGAGAGGCGGUAGCGUAUAGUUCAGUUAUUCCGGCGUUGGAAAAGUUUCAAUCGGAUAAAGGUAUAAGCGUAGAUGAAGGGGGUGAGGGGUUUAUGCGGGUUCCGAGAUGUUAUUACACCCAUAGUAAUAUGGAAAAGUUGGAAGCUGUGGUCAUAAUGGAAGAUUUGCGUGAGAAACACUUCCGCAUGUGGAAUAAAUAUGUCCCAGUGGAUUACGAGCACACUCGAAUGCUUCUAGAACAGCUGGGGAAAUUGCACGCGAUCUCCUUCGCUAUGCGAGAGCAGCAACCGGAGCGGUUUUUCGCAUUCAAAAGGUUAAUUGACCCAAUGAAAAUAAUGAUUGAAAUGGAUCCUGACAAAGGCAUCGAUAAGUUAUUUGGGGACGUGUAUCAGCGAGCGAUUGUGACUCUGGAUGACGCGAAGGAUGCUAAAGUGAAAGAACUAAUGAAAAAAUUGGAGGAUAAAGUAACUAAACACUAUGUAGAUUGUGUAACCGUAGAUGAUUCUGACCCAUAUGCAGUUAUCGGUCACGGAGAUUGCUGGAUCAACAAUAUGAUGUAUAUGUACGAAGAGGAAAGCCCAGUACCAGUCGACAUCCGGCUUAUCGAUUGGCAGCUGUGUCGCUACGUGUCUCCAAUUUUAGACCUCUCGUACUUUAUUUUUAUCUGCACUGAUGCUAAGCUACGCGCCCAGCACUACAAUCAAUUGCUGGACAUUUAUUACAGCUCAUUGUGCGAUUAUCUCGAACGAUUAGGUGGAGAUGCGAAGCGUCAAUUUCCCAGAGAGGCUUACGAAGCACAAUGGAAAAAGUACGGUCGUUUCGGGUUGAUAAUGGGAAUGCUUGUAGUGCCCAUGAUCUGUACGGCCGCUGAAGAUUUACCCGAUAUGGACAAGUGGAUUGAGAAGAUGAAACAAGGUGACGAAGACGUGGAGUUUGAGUACGCAACCGAAGAGAAAGCAGCGAAGCUCUAUCGGGCACGGAUGAGCGGCGUGAUUCGUGAUGUUGCCAGAUUCGUGUAUUUGACUGAUUAGAGUUCAUCGAUGUAAUGUAACAGUGAUUUCAAUUAUGUCAGCAGUAAUAAAUGCUUUUGUACACAAUA